UACAUGAAGAUAAUAAUACAACCUGUCUGGAGGUCCAAAAUGACAGACCUUCAGUUGUACAAAAUCGCCAUUUUGAAUGGUAUUACCUGGUGAACAAGGUUUGUACUGAACCUCGCAAAGCAGAGGUCAUUCUGUAAUUCUGCCUUCGGAAAAGGUAAACCCUGUGUCGUCAUUCACAGGUCACAUGACACGGGGAAAUGCUCACGUCAUCAGUCGCACAGAGAAGGGUCAGAGCGAUUCAUUGUCUAAAACUCUUGUUGGCAUUAAUUGCUGAAAAAUGACAAAAUUACAAAUUUUGAACGCGUAUCUGACGGAGCGCUUAAUGGUGGCUGUGCGAGAGAUACUGGAGGUGGUGGGUGACACGGUGUCGGAAUAUCAGGAGGAAACAGCGCGAAUACACCGGGAGAACGAGAGUCUGAGGAGGAAGCUGCGGGAAGUCGUGAUCGAGGCAGAGACGGGCUGGACGGGAACAGGACAUGCUCUCUCUCUCUCCAUCCCUCCCUCCCUCUCUCCGGGAGCGGCGCUCCCUCUCUCCCUCUCGGCGGCCGAGGGGAGGUCCCCCGCGGAGGAGCAGCACGGCGAGCAGGAGUGGAGCUCCGGCCUGAGGGAGGAGCUCGCCCUGAGCGAGGAGGAGGAGCAGCCGCCGCACGCGCGGCAGAGGAGCAGGCAGAAGGAGGAGGACGCCGGCGGGAUGGACUUGUCCUGCGCGAUGGAGGCGGAGCCGGAGGCGGAGCUGGAGCCGCAGUCCGAGUGCGUGACGCCAGGACUGAAGAAGCUGGCGCUGGAAAUAGCCCUGUCGGUGGUCUCGCCGUCCGCCCUGAGCGUGAGCCAGGAGCUGAGCGCCAUGCGCGCGGCCGACGCCGACGCCGCCCCCAGGACGCGGUCGCUAGGCGACGCGGGGCUCGGGUCGCCCGCCCGCCUCAGGCCCGCCCAGGUCAAAACGGAGCCCGAGGAGGGGCUCGACUUCAAGCCCGAAUGGCCCUCCGAGCCGGGCCCCGGGGCCAAAGCCAAGCGGCACGCGCCGGAGUCGCUGUCGGAGGCGAGCGCGGGCAAAGCUUCCGGGGUCAGCGGGGCCGGGCUGGGACACACGGACGGGUCCGAGAUCAGGGGCGCUGGGGUGGGACACACGGACGACUCCGAGAUUAGGGGUUCUGGGAUGGGACAUACGGACAACUUCGAGAUUAGGGGCUCUGGGACGGGACAUACGGACGUGUCCGAGAUCAGGGGCGUUGGGGCGGGACAUACGGAAGGCCCGGAACCGCAGGAGGCGGGGGCCGGGCUCGACGACGCCCAGAACGACGGCUACUUCAUCGGCUACAGGGGGGAGAAGCAGCACCGCUGUUUCCAGUGCGGCAAGUUCUUCAGCCAGGUGUGCAACCUGAAGACCCACCUGCAGAUCCACACGGGCGAGCGGCCGUACGCCUGCACCUGGUGCGGCAAGUCCUUCACCCAGUCGGCCGACCUGCGGCGGCACCAGCGGAUCCACACGGGCGAGAAGCCGCACCGCUGCACCUGGUGCGAGAAGAGCUUCACCCAGAUCGGCAACCUCAAGAGGCACCUGCGCAUCCACACGGGGGAGCGGCCGUACUGCUGCGCCCUGUGCGGCAAGAGCUUCAACGACGGGGACACGCUCAAGAAGCACCGGCGGGUCCACACGGGGGAGCGGCCGUUCCGCUGCGCGCACUGCUCGAAGACCUUCACCGUGGCCAGCAGCCUGCAGAACCACCUCAGGAACCACCUGAAAGAGGGCCGACGCUAGGCUAGCGCUAGCGCUGAGGCUAGGACACUGUGGCUCGCCGGGAACCGUCUUCUCGGGCACGCGAUGCUUAAGUAACCGUGUUAUUUUUAUGAAGUGUGUCCGGGAAGCUGAACGGCGCGGAUGAGCCAAAUGUGGAAAUCGGGUGUCGAUGAAGAACAGUGCCCGUUUGUGACUGAUUCCGUGGAGGUCAUUGUUUUCAUCAUGAUUGUGGGGGGGGGGG